CACAUGCUUUCUGGAGACAAGAGUGACUGUGCUGCCUGAGGGUAUUCAAAAAGAGUAAGAACAGGAGUCAUACACCCCAUUCCAGUAUUCUUACAUGCAUGUGAGGUGCCACAGAAGAUUCACAUUUGAGUAGCACAAGUGAAAAAAAAAACAAACCCUCUUGGAUGGAUUCAAAGAUCAUUGACCCGUCAAUCAGACUCUGACCAUUUCAGUGAUAAAAAGCCAGGCUUGCAUUGGCCGGCAGGAACAGAGCACCCUUCCGCAAAUUCAGAAAUGGUGUAAUAAUUAACAGGUGUAAUGGCUGGAUCAUCUCUCAAAUUUCAUUUCUGGUGCCCAGUUUUCUACCCCUCCCCGAAUUGUCUGCUGCAGCAACUUCUAUCAACAACACACUCAAAACACGUAGCUAGGUGUCUGCAUUUUAAUGAACACCUGUAGGUGUAGCUGAGUGUUUUAAAAUUAUAGUAUAGCAGAAAUUAAAGAAAAUAAAGGGUCUUUUGUGCUGUGUAAGGUGGGGUUAUUUUUAAUUAGUUAGAAAAGCUAGUAACUUCUUGGGUAGUAUGAUACUAUCUAAAUGAAUUAAAUUCUAAAUCAUCUGCUCAAGUUUCACUCAUCUCAGCGCUUAUUAAAUAAUUGUAAUUUAUCAGUAAUAUCUUGAAACAUUUUAUAAAAUAAUCAAUACAGUAUCUUCAUGCUAAAAUAGCAUGUAAAAUAUUGCAUUUCUAGCAAACUUUUGAACUAAUUUUGAAUAGCUCUAUUCUUUUUAAUUAUUUAGUUGAAAUUGUAAUUUUCGGGGAGAUGAAAUGAUCUCCUAACCAUGCUGUGAAAGUUUCUCACAGGCAUUUAUUUCACAUGAAUUAAAAUGAGGGACUGAAUAGUGAAUUCACAUUUGACUGGUUAAUUAUAAAUAAUAAAUGAAGAUGUCUGCUCAAUAAUUAAAUUGAACUUCACUAUAAUUCUGCAUCUGCCAUGUGUUUCCAAGUAUCAGAAUCAGAAAUUAAGCCCUACUGUAAAUUUAUUUUUCUAUGCAAGCAUGACACAAGAAGUAACUUCCAUUUUUCAAUUUGAUUUUUGUAGGCUUUAAGUAGCAAGGUUGUGUUUUUACCAGUUAAACAUGGAAUACUCCUUCGAAUUUGAGGUAUUUUUAAAUUGUUAAGAAAAGGCCAAAUAUAUUAUUUUGCAUUUACUAAUAUUCUGUGUCAUGCUUACUGCAUAAACCAAUUUAAAUUUAAACUUACACAGCAAUCAAAAAUGUCAAAAAGACCUCAAAUUCAUGUUUUUGUGGGAGCACCCAGUAUUCCAAGCCUUCUGCAUGUGUCAGAGCGAAGUAGUUCAGUGCCUGCUGCUGAAAAAUGGAGAGAACUCCACUGUCUGUGUGAUACACAUAAUAAUUUUUCUGAGAAAGUCAAAGGUGCUGACCACUUAGUGUUCCAGGUGGAAAGCUCUGUAGUCACAGCAGUUCCUACAAAUGAUGGCAGCUCUUGGCAGUCUGAAAAGGAGAGAUUAAUGGUAGCAAAAGAAUACCUGACAUCAUCUCCUGUACCUGUGGCACGAAGUUGUACCAGCAUACCUAAAAAGACUGGAAGUUUAAUUUAUUCUGAUUGUCAGAUAUCUAAAGAUAGAUGCUCACAUGCGAAUGUGAGUCAGGCUGCAGAUCAACACCUUCCACAAAAAUUUGCAGAGUUGGCUAGGCAAGACAAAGAAUCACAUGGCGGCUGUUCAAACCCCACUGAAAGAAAAGCCAGUCCUCCAGAAGUUAUCGGCUCUGACAUUUCUGCUUUGGUUGCCAGUGCGCAGCAGAUCAGCAUACAUCUAAGGUCUGUGGGACGAGGUGAUCAAUUAGACCGUAGAAGCGAUCACCAUGAACAUCUGAGACAAUAUCUGGAUACAUUUUUCCCCCAAAUUCAAGAGUCAAAACCAAAAGGAGAACCAAGCGAUUGUUCAGACUUUGCAGUGUCAGCAGAUACUGAAUUUCGUAGUAUAGUGACCUCAAGUCAGAUGGCUCUUCUUGCACGGGGUCGGGACGAGAUGCAGAAAAUCACAAAGCUUCUGAAAACAGAAGCAGGCAAAAAACCUGAAGACAGGCAGUAUGAUCGCUUCCAAUUUGAUUCUGAUGUUGGAACUUGUCUUAAUGUGGCAGAAAAUGAAUGUAAGGAAGAGCAUACAAGUUCCCUUGAACUUUUCAGUUCUGAGGGUGAUGGGGAAGACGUUUGGCUCAAAGCUACAAAACAAGAAGGAAAUGCUCAUGAAAACACAGAGACAUCUCAAGAACUUAAUGUUCCUGAUGAGCAAUUUGUAAAUGAAAUCCUUAUCCAGCCAGUGAGCUCAGGAAUAUUGUGCUCCCAAGUAGACAGUUCCCAUAGGAGCUCUUCUAAAAGAGCCCACAAAUGUGAAGAUUCCCUUCAUGUUUUUCACUCGACGUUCACAAGACAGCUGAAUUCAAAGAAAGCGAAGCUGAAUUCUUCUCCAGCUGGUCCUGGAGUGAGAGUGGAUCAAGAAAAGAUGACAGAGUUCAAGAAACUUCAAAAGAAACUAUCACCACUUAAGAACUGCUGCUGCAAAAAUCAGAAGUACAAUGUUUUGGUCACAAUAGUACAUCCUUGUCAUAUCAAAGAAAUACAGGUGAAGACUAGACCGAAAUCUUCAUGUAAAGUUCCUGUAGCAACAAUUGUAGUUAUUGACCAGUCAGAAAUGGAGAGAAAGGUGGUGCUGUGGCGGGGUGCUGCGUUUUGGUCACUCACUGUGUUUCCUGGGGAUAUUGUCCUGCUUACAGAUAUAAUAGUGUAUGAGAAUCUCUGGUGUGGAGAAAUGAUGCUGCAAUCUACGUUUACCAGUCAGCUACUGAAUCUGGGGAACUGCUCAGCGCUCAAUCCAGAAGAAUUCUAUCCUAUAGUGGAUGGUGGUGUUCUCCAUGGCUUAUUGUCAUACGUAUCAUCAGCAUUUCCACACUUUGAAGACAUUCCACGCAGACAAGUUCAGAGACUGGAUAGUGUUCAGUAUAUGCAGCUAGACCAGCUCCAGCCAAAUAUAUUGGUUCACUCAAUCUUGAAAAUUAUCAACAUUGCUGUAUUAACAGAAUCUGUGUAUAGCUACAGAGGUGGCAACCAAAGAAAAAUUGUUCUAACAGUAGAACAGAAGAGAGAUCAACACUAUAGGAUGGUGCUGUGGGGAGCAGGGGCUGCCUGGUGUCCUCAGCUUCAAAGGAAAAAAGAUCACAUAUGGGACUUCAAAUACCUUCUGGUCCAACAUAGUUCUGUCUCGGGUGACUUUGAACUGCACACAACUCCAUGGUCGUCCUGUGAGUGCUUGUUUGAUGAUGACAAAAGGGCAAUUGAAUUUAGGGAAAAGUUUCAGAAAAGCAAAAAAUCCGUUCUGCAGAUGACAAGGCUCUCAGCACAUCUGGAGGAAAAAUGCUCAGGAGUGAUGCAGGUGAAAGCCCGUAUCUCAGAACUGAAGUUCACCAUUUCAACGGGUCAGUACAAGCAACUCAGCUUCUGUGCUGACACAUCCCUGGAGCGUGUUUUGGCUUCUCUGCCUUUGAUAACAUAUUCAGGUUGUGCUAAAUGUGGUUUGGAGCUACAGGCAGAUGAGAACAUGAUCUACCAGCAGUGUAUUAGAUGUUUGCCAUACAACGAAGUAAAAACCUUCUACAGACCUGCUUUGAUGACAGUAGAAGAUGGAGGAUAUGAAAUUUAUGUUCAUGUGGUGUCUGAGUUGAUAGAAAAAAUCUUCCUCAAUAUUCCUGCAGACUGGCUGAACAGAUUAGUAGUGCCCUCCUCAGAUGUGACCUACGGCACAGUAGUCGCAGAUCUGUGUCACUGCCUGCUCGCAGAUACAGAAGCAUCCUACUUGUUGGAAAUUCGGAGCCAUUUUGUGCUAGAUGAAAACAGCUAUCCUUUGGAAAAGGAUUUCCAUCUGCUAGAUUUUCAUCCUGGUCUUUGAAGCGUUGACCCCUGCAGUAAGUAACUCACAGGGACCGUAGGAACAUACAGAUGGUGAACAGAAGAAAAAUGAAUUAUCUCAAGGAAUCAAAUCUCUUUAAAAGUACAAGAAAGGACUUUGUUUUUAACUUAUACAAAAAAAAAAACAACAAAAGGACUGUUAUGAAAUAUCUGCUAAUAGUGUAUACGCUGCUGGAAUACUGAUAAAUUGCCAUAAAGUGUAUUUUUAUACAUAUUUUUAUCUUAAUAAACUCCUAUUAAGUAUUUGUUGUCUUUUUCUCCCCAGAAAAGCUCACUAGUGUUGAGAGACUGAAUUUUUCUCAGAUACGACAGAUUAGAGGAAGACAGCCACAAUUCAGUAAUAUUUAGUUAUAAGAUUUUUAUUUGUCUCAUCCUAUAGUCUAUCUGUAACUUGGUUAUGGCUUUCCUUUGCUGUUGUGGCUGCUUUUCUUCUGACAGCAGAAUUUCUGCCAUUUACCAUCAGCAAUUUUGCUGCCCUUUGUUUUUUCUUGUAAACCAAACUGUCUCACUGAAUCUAAUCUAGAAAUUAUUGCACAAAUUUAAUUAAGUGGUUUUAAACAGUUUAAACUGGUGCACUUUCAUGGGCCCUUUAAAUGAUUUAAUUGUUGUAGUAUUUAUUGUUGUAGUCUUUAUCUAGCAUAAGCUGGCAAAUAAUCACCUUAAGCCAGUUUAAUCAGUUUAAUGCUGGUCUGCAAAACUUUCUCCCAACUUGAUCAGAUUUAUAAAUUAAUUUAAUUCUUGUUAAAGCUGUAGUGUGUUCUGAUAGUGAU